AUGUUUCAUCUUCAUGCUCGCAAUUUCAUCAGAGACCACAUGAGGGCUGGACAAAAUAAAAGGGGUGUAACAACAGUGUGCAGCACUCCUUUGGCAUUGAGGCUGCUGAAGACAAGUGAGCAAAGAAGAAAAACCAUGAGUACCAUUUCCAAUGAUUCCUUGAAGACUUCCCUGCUGCAGUUAGAAUGUCAUUUUACAUGGACUUUGCUGAAGAAGGAUGUAGGUCUUGUUGCCCUAGAGGACACAAUACUUGAUCAUAUCAAGUUUGUCAAAGAACACAACAUUACAGAUUAUAAUAUACUCUCCUAUGUAUGUUACCUAAAGAAUUCAAAUGAAGAAGCCCUGAGAAAUCUGCAAAAAGCUGAAGAAGCUAUUCAAAAACGUCAUCCAGGCGAAAUUGCCAGGAGAAGUCUUGUUACCUGGGGGAACUAUGCUUGGAUCUAUUACCACAUGAAGAGAUAUGAAGAAGCUCAAACUUAUGUAAGCAAAGUGGAAAACAGCUGCAAAAAUCUUCCAAGUACUGCUCAUGGGAAGAUUCAGCUUCCAGAGGUCUGUGCUGAGCAAGGAUGGGCAUUAUUACGUUUUGGGAGGCAUUACUUUGAGAGGGCAAAGAAUUGCUUUGAAAAUGCUCUGAAGAGUGAGCCUGAUAACCCAGAUUUUAAUGCUGGCUAUGCAAUAGCAAUGUUUCGCUUGGGAAGUUUCCCUGAGAGAUAUGAUGAAGAGACGUGGCCAUGCCUUGAGGCCCUGAAGCGGGCAGUGGAACUCAAUCCAAAUAAUACUACCCUUCUGGCAUUACUUGCAUUAGAACUUCAGCGACUAAAACAAAGUGAUGAAGGGGAGAGGUACAUUGAAGAAGGACUGCAGAAAACCCCUGACUUUCCUGUCUUCCUGCGAUAUGCUGCUAUCUUUUACAGAAAGAAAGGAAAUGUAGGCAAGGCAGUAAAGAUUUUGGAGAAAGCCCUAGCAAUGACACCAAAUUCUGUCAUUGUACACCAUCAACUAGGACUCUGCUAUAAAUUCAAGGUACUUAAAUUGAUGAAAUCAAGAUACACACCUCAAGAGGAAGUGGAGAAUCUCAUCGAGCCUGCCAUUUUUCAUUUUAAAACAGUGAUAGAAAAAAAGCCAGUAUUUUUUAGUGCUUAUUGCGACCUAGCAAACAUGUAUGCACUAGGUAAGAGGUAUGAAGAAGCAGAAGAGAUAUUUCAGAAAGUGCUUCAGAGAAAUGAUACAGACUGUGAUAACAAACAAGACAUCUACUUCAAUUAUGGCAAUUUUCAGCAUUUUCAUAUGAAGUCAGAAUCGAAAGCCAUUAAGUAUUACAUAGAAGGUCUGAAAAUGGAAGAAGACUCCUAUGCAAGAAAAAUGUGCGGUGAAGCUGUGGAGAAAUUGUUGAGACAGAAAAUUAGGAGCGGUUUAGGACAUGCCACAGAUUUUGGUACACUUGGGAUUGUUCAUAAGCUAAAUGGUAAGAAACAACAAGCAAUUGAAUGCUAUAAGAAAGCCAUUGCUUUGGAUCCCAACAAUGAAGAAUAUCUGAAUGCAUUAGCUGAGUUACAACUUUCCAUCUCAAGCUAA